AUUAAUCAAUUUCUUACGGCUUAAAGCUUAAAAUACCUAUAAUAGACUGGUCCUAAUGAGCUGCAGUCCCUGGCCAAUUACAAGGAACGAACGAAAAAUUUCAAUUAAUAAUGGCGUCUCCUCGGCCCAAGUCACCUCGUACUCCGAUUUCUACAAAAAAAGAGGACAAGGAAGAGAGUUUUUGGGAUAAAAUUGGGACGUUGGGACGAAAGAAACGCAUAAAAGAAGUACAAGAUGUACAAGAAGAAGGAAAAUAUGCAAUUGAUUCACCUGGGUAUGCAGCUAAUCCUGAUAUGCCACCAGAGGAAUAUGCUCUUGAUGAAAACGAGGAACGUUCCAUGAUAGAGCCAAAAUCUUUGGAAGAUCCCAAGCUUCAAGAAUUGAUAUCUGUAUUAAUCGAAUGGAUCAAUGAUGAGUUGGCUGAUCAGCGAAUUAUUGUGAAAGACAUUGUGGAAGAUCUUUAUGAUGGACAAGUGUUGCAAAAACUUUUAGAGAAGCUAACUGGAGAAAAGCUGGAUGUACCUGAAGUAACCCAAUCAGAGGAAGGACAGAAACAAAAACUUGCUUUAGUCCUGACUGCCGCUAAUCGCGUACUGGGUCGUUAUCCACCUUACAAGUGGAAUGUCGAAUCUGUACAUACAAAAAACAUUGUUGCAAUUUUGCACCUUCUAGUCAGCUUAGCCCGACUUUUCCGUGCUCCUGUUAGAUUACCAGAAAGGGUUGCUGUUCAAGUGGUUGUGGUUCGUAAAAAGGAAGGUCAACUGAUACACAGGACAGUGAGAGAAGAGCUGACGACAACUUAUGAUGAUUUAGGUAUGCGUUGUGAACGUGAUGCAUUUGAUACUCUUUUCGAUCACGCACCUGAUAAAUUGGCUGUCGUUAAGAAAUCGUUGGUGACAUUUGUUAAUAAACAUUUGAGCAAAGUCCAUUUGGAAGUAACUGAUCUAGACACUCAGUUCCAUGAUGGUGUCUUUCUGACGUUGCUACUUGGUCUUUUGGAAGGCUUUUUUGUGCCACUGGGUAGUUUUCACUUGACACCACAGACCAUUGACCAAAAGGUUCACAAUGUUUCGUUCGCGUUUGAUAUUAUGCGAGACAUCGGGCUACCAAAACCCAAAGCUCGUCCUGAAGAUAUUGUAAAUUUGGAUCUUAAGUCUACGCUUCGCGUGUUAUAUAAUCUUUUCACGAAAUACAAAGGGAUAAAUUGAUGGUAUUAAUGUCGACACGCUGCUUUUACGUAAAUGCGUUUUCAUAUUUUGAUAUAAUGAAUAAAUUAAUUACACUAACACUUAUAUACGAUAUAUAAAUUUAUUAUUGUUUACUUCCAUUAAAGGUUGUUUAUAUAAAAGUGCUUAAUUGAACAGUGAGAAGUGAAAAGUUAAAUAGAACAGACAACUACAUACAUGGUUAGCUUAAUGUAAUGUGCCUUUUUACAUCAUAUAUAAUGUAUAAUACAACAUAUAUAAGGUGUUUAACUCAAGGCGUGCCAUCCGUUGUAUACUUGUAGUUUAGAUUAAUGUUGAUAAAAAAAUCCCUAUUUUACAAACAACAAGCAGAAUUUCGAGUUUAUUAAUGAUUGAAAAUGGCCAUAUAUAGGCCAUAUAUAUGAUUUAUAAGUACGUGACAGCUGUUAUACUUAGUGACAGACAGUAAGUAUUAGGUUGUUACAAAAGUUUUGUCAGUUUCUUAUACGUGUUUUUUUGCAGUAGAUUUUUUUUACUAGUCUUUGGUAGUGUAUAGCAUUCAAAUGUGAUUAAAAAACUUAUAGAGUUUUUGUAACACCCUAAUAUAUUAAACCUCGAACCUUGAACCUGUUGCUAGGCACAACUGUCAUAUACGUGUUUAGGCCAUUCUGAACAAGAAAAUUCUUUACCAAUAACAAAGUUCUGUGAAUAACACGCAAAUUUUUGAAUUAUUAAUUAAUUAUUGAUUAAUGAAGCCUCUACAUAAUUAUCCAUUUUUAACAACUCAAAAUUUUGCGUGUUUGUAAAAUGAUAGAGAAUUUUUUGUUUACAUUGACCUAAACUAUAUGUUGUAUGUGAUAAUUGGCACAUCUUACGUAGAUACUUUGUAUAUAUUAUAUUAAUAUUUAUUUACAAUUAUAACAUAUAUUGAAGUUUUCUAUAAAUUUUGAUAUUUAUAUUAAUAUACAUAUUAUAUAUUCUAUUGUACAUUGAACCAUCCUGCUUACACAAUAAGAAUUAUCGCAAAAUAAUCAAUUAUAUAUACAUUUGCAAAAUUUGCUAUUGUGUGUGAAACAAGAGAGAAGAAAAUUACAUUACAAUCUACAUGGUAAAAAAAAGUGUGUUGAAUUGAACACAUUUUACAUGUCCCAAACGGCCAAGGUAAAUAUGUUGGAAAGUAACAUAAAAGUAACACAAAUAUUAUCUCCAGAAUUAC